CUGACUUGUGGUACUUGGCACAAUCAGGAAAGACCGGGAAUCCCAGGUUUUGAGCAGGGGGAGUAGGAUGUGAUGCUGACAACAUCUCUCCCCUCAGGCACCUGUAUCAAGUGCAACAAAGGCAUCUACGGGCAAAGCAACGCCUGCCAGGCCCUGGACAGCCUCUACCACACCCAGUGCUUUGUCUGCUGCUCCUGUGGGCGAACUUUGCGCUGCAAGGCUUUCUACAGCGUCAACGGCUCUGUGUACUGUGAGGAAGAUUAUCUGUUUUCAGGGUUUCAGGAGGCAGCUGAGAAAUGCUGUGUUUGUGGUCACUUGAUUUUGGAAAAGAUCCUACAGGCAAUGGGAAAGUCCUAUCACCCAGGCUGCUUCCGAUGCAUCGUGUGCAACAAGUGCCUGGAUGGCAUCCCCUUCACAGUAGACUUCUCCAACCAGGUGUACUGUGUCACCGACUACCACAAAAAUUAUGCUCCUAAAUGUGCGGCUUGCAACCAACCCAUCCUCCCCUCAGAGGGCUGUGAGGACAUUGUGAGGGUGAUAUCCAUGGACCGAGAUUAUCACUUCGAGUGCUAUCACUGUGAGGACUGCCGGAUGCAGCUGAGCGAUGAAGAAGGCUGCUGCUGUUUCCCUCUGGACGGGCACCUGCUCUGCCACAGCUGUCACAUGCAGCGGCUCAACGCUCGACAGCCCCCUGCCAACUAUAUCUGAGCUGCGGUCACUGCUGCUGCCAUCACCACCAUUGACAAAUUCCUCUGGCCAGUGGGCCCCUGAGGCCAGCUGAGGCAAGGAUGUACCUUGCAGGCCUGGCAGAAGAGUCCUUUGGGAAGGGCCCCAAGGGCCAGAGACCCAAAGAUCAUGACAUUCCAAAUGGAUUGUGGAGGAGGAACCUUCCAGUUACCAUGGUGGGGGUGACUGGCUUCCUUCCCACAUGUGCAACCUGUGCUGUAGCAUAUACUUAAGCACACACAGGCGGGCUCCCAUACACUGUAAAGGUCUGAUUCUAGUCUGUAUUUCCAGUAUAAGUUUAUGCGUAAAUCAGCAAAUGCUGUGGUCCUGGAUUAUAGGAAGGGAAGACAUCAUGGAAGCUCCUAACUAUUUUGUACCCCACACACGGGGUCAGAUAGGAGGUCAAACAGGUUCUUACCACACCACAGUAUCUUAUUUCUGUAUCUAGAUGAAGAGGUGGACCUUAUAAAUGAGUUAUUUCUUGGCCACCUGCUCUCUAAGGACUAAGAGAGCUGCUCACCUCAAGGCUGGGAAUAGAGACCAGCUCCAGGUGGGCCUGCUGCCUGUAUUGCCUGAUUCUCAGGGACUCACGUGAGCCUGGGAAGACUAACUGGGUGCCUGUACUUCUCCUCAGCUGGUGGAGGUGGUAAUGAGCAGGUCUUGGGGUAUGGAAUUGCUGGGGGAGACAUUUAUGAAGCUUCGAGCUAUUCACACUCCCCAGGUGUAAGUGCAUUGAGCCCUCCUGCCCAGUAUAGGCACCCAUGGGCAUAUUCUCACACACACCUACUCACUCCCUUCUUCUCAGGUCACUCUUGCACCUGGUCCCUAGCAGCAGCUCACUACUCCAGAGCUGCCACCUUUCAGAGGGAUCCAGGAUUACAUCUACUGUAACUCCCAAACUCUGAGGUUCUGGGGCGCCAGAGGGGCAGAACACUUUGACUUGGUUCUAGUUCAGUUUUGCUGAAAUUCGUUUACCUAAGGCUAGAUCUCUUAAAACCGUUUCACUGAAAACCUGUGUGUUUAAAGUUACUACCACUGCCAAAGGCUCAAAUCCCUUUUGGGUAUUUUUUUAUUUUUAUUUUUUUUAGCCAUUUAGGUAUUCUAUUCUUUUUUGUCAUGCUUUGGGUAUUUCAAGGAUUUAUAUCUAUUCAUCCAAGAGUACUUCUGAAUUACCAGCAACAUAAAUUUAUCAAAUUUGCAGCACUUUGUAAAUGAUAAGAUUGCUUCCUCCUACCUUGAUGGGUAUCUCUAUGUUAUUUGCUUUUCAAACACUUUUUUUAAAAAGCUUAAAGUUUCUAGCAAUAAAUAUAAUUGGUACAGACAUUUUGUGUAUCAUUUUUUUGUGUGUUUCUUAAUCCAAUAUUCCUUUACAAAUUAGAUGCCCUGAAAAAAAUAACGAAGCUCAAUAUGAUUUUAUGCUUUGGUCUAACUUCUACACCCAUGCUGUUAAAAUGUCAAUAUAUCCAAAGCAAAUGAACAGGCAUGUGGCUUAUUCAGUUGACUAACAAUUCAAGGUUAUACAGACAACAUCAUUAAAAAGUGAAAGGGUGAAUCUGCUAGAUUCUUUUGAAAAUGCUGCAGAUUUGAUAAAUAUUUAUUUUAGACUAAUUAUCUCUAGGUAAAUUGGUUUUAGGCAAAUUAAUCUGAUAAUUAAUCUUGGGUCCUUAGUCUUCAUUCUCUAUCACUUAGAAUUUCACAGUGGAAAUGAUGACUCCUGAGAACAGCCAUUUCACAUUUAGGGAUUAUUCUAAGAUGACUGUGCCAGCCAACCUGGGAAAUGCAGAGAAGAGACCUCAGUGCGGAUGUGAGUGAGAGAGUUCAGAUUCAUACCACUGACUGCCUGAGGUGGGAAACGCACUUUUUUGGAGGGAUAAAUGUUCUGAUACUAGAUGACUUGUUCUACAGCUGAGAUUCUGAACUAUUAUUAUUAAAUAAGUGAAUACAAAGACUGUGACUGGGAAAUUUCCUCAGCAGGGUGCUCCAGGCCUGGGAAAUGGGAGAAGUAUGUGUAGCUUUAUAUCCAUCUCUUCAGUUCUGUCUUUACUCUUGGGAGUCUUGUCUACUCUGUCAUUCUGAUCCUUGUGCUUUACUCUGAUUUUGACCUCCAUCUGCUGCUGACUGGCUGACUCGUAUCUAGGUCUAUGCUCACCAAGACUCUUCUUGCCACUGUGGCUACUCUCCCCUUCCUGAGGGAAAACAGUGCUCACAUUUGAUGAGGACAGGCCCAGCCACCCUGGUUACCGGCAGGCUCCAAAGUGUUCCCUGCAUCGCAAGAGUUUCCCUUCUUUCUACUUACUGGGAGGCUGCUCAUCCUUAAUAGUUCUAUCUCAUAUUUACAGUUGAUAGUGAGAUUCAUAGGGUGCUGCCAAGGGUACAUCAGCAGGUAAACUGUGGCAACUCACCACCUGAUUUUCAUCAGCAGCCACUAAGCCUAAAAUGAGGGAAGGGAGAAAAUGGAAGGAUUAUGGAUCCGUUUUGUGUCUCUUCAGAGUCACAGGACAGGGUUCAUGCAGGCUUUCACAGAAGACGUUGGGUGUUAGCUUUCGCUAGCCCUGUUUGUUACAGGCCUGAGUGUGAUUUAUCAAGAAUAAGGCUGGUGGUGGUUCUCGCUCUGCCUUACUCCUUAGACAUGUUUCCCCUUUCACCAUCUGGAGCUCUCAAGACUAGGAAAUUUAUAGUCAGGCUGGAGCCUGUCCUCAGCCAAGGAGGAGGACAAUUUGUUUCUAUUUUGUUUGUUCAUUUAUUUUGUUCUUAAGAUUCCACAUAUAAGUGAAAUAUGGUAUUUGUCUUGCUCUGUCUGACUUAUUUCUAGAGAAAGAGCUAAUUCCAGGCACAUAAAGCCAAUUGGUUGGUCCUUGAUAUUAUACCUGUACAGAGGGAAUAAAAGGGGGAAGGAGACUAUUAGACCUGAAAUAAAAGGAUUGGGGGAAACAUUUUUAUUUCAUUUUGUUUUUUAGAAAGACCCAUACCCCAGAUCUGGCCUGGGGUCAUUCAGAUCCCUAAUGGUGAGGUUCCACUGCAAGGACAAGGGUCCCGCCAAUCUCAGCCCUCCAUCCUCCCCUCCCCUGCAGCAAGAAGACCUAAGACUGGGCCUCUGCUGUGACGAUUGCUUGGAUAGGGCCCUUGGAAUAUCUACACUUGGCUCUAGUUGUAAAAGACUAAGGUUUGACCUUGGAAAUAUAAGCAAACUUCCUGGGAUGUGUAGAUUAGACCCGUCUAACUGAUGGUAGGAGAGUCAUCAGAGGCAAAAUUUUGUCCACUGUGGGUAUUAUUGCACCUAAGUUUAGAUAGGAUACUGCUGACUGUGAAGGAAGCAAAGGUGCUCUCCAAGCAGGGAGAAGUGGGUUAGGAGGGAUACUAAAAGGUACUGCUUAUGCAUGUAUCCUGGAGACCUAGAGCCAAUCUGGGUGUGAUUUUAAAGACAUCCCAGACACUCUGAGCGAUGACUUACCCAAUGUCACAUCUAGAAAACGACUUCUAACUUCUGAAGACCAACAAAGAGCUUAUUUUCCCUCUUCCCACUCAGCCCAUCAUAGGUAUUCGUGUCCACAGCACAGGUAAACUGUAAAUGUGAUAAGGACUUCAUUAUGAUAGAUAUUUAGGGAACGUUUUAGUGGGAAAGCCAGGGAACACAAGAAACAAUAAUGAAAACAUUGGCUCUUACUGGUGCUUUUUUGUUGUUAAUUAGAAUUAGCGGUAGCCAAAGUAACUUUAAAGCACAGUAGGAAAGGACCUGGCUAGGUAGCUCAGUUAGUUAGAGCCUUGUCCCGAUGUGCCAAGCUGGGUCCAAUCCCCAAUCUGGGAACAUACAAGAAUCAACCAAUGAAUGCAUAAAUAAGUGGAACAACAAAUCAAUCUCUCUCUCUUCCUCUAAAAACCAUUUUUAAAAAAAGCACAUUAGGAGAAGCAAAGGAAAUAUAUUGCAAGAGACUCCCUGCCUUUGAGGAGGUCACAGUCUAGCCAGGGAGAAAAGUACAUAAAAUGCCUUGAGAAGAUUACAAGCAAUAUUUCGACAAGUGCAAAGUGAUUGAGUGUGAGAAACAGAAGACCUAAUGCUCCAGGGUACAGAUGACGGGCGAGAUUUUAUCUGGCUUAUACUAUAGAUCAGAAGGUGGAGGCCCAUAACUAGAUCCUGCCCCCAAAUUAAUUGAGUUUGGCCCACUGGCAGUUAUUUUUUAUAAAACCAAUUUGUACCCUAGUUGGGAGAAAAACACCAGCUAAUAAAUAUAGAAAGAGUGAUAGAAUUUGAAAAA